AGUUUAUAGCCAACUUGUUUCUCCUUCAAGAAAACCUCUGUGCCUUUUGCUUUUUGCACUGUUCUUUUUUUUAUCUGGUUAAAAGUUGAAACCUCAUCAACUCUUUCAUGGUUCUGAAAACCAUAGCUUGUUGACACUUGAGAUUCUUCCUUUUUCAAAAUCUUGUUUCAGUGAUGGCUCAAAAGCAUUUGCACGAGUUACUUCAAGAGGAUCAAGAGCCAUUUGUUUUGAGGAAUUUCAUUGCUGAUAGGCGUUGUCAGCUGAAGAAAUCAUCACCCAAAACUCAUGUUCAAAUCAAUAAACGAAAACCCAUUACUCAAAUCUCCAGUUUCCCUUCAAAUUUCUGCAAAAGUGCUUGCUUUUUCUCCUUCCACGAUGCAACAAUAGACCCCAGGAAGUCACCGUUGUUUGAAUUCCCUUCACCGGUUAAAAGCCCUUGCAAAAGCCCGGCUACCAUCUUUCUUCACGUCCCAACAAGAAGAUCGGCUCUUCUUCUUGAAGCUGCUCUCAGGAUUCAAAAGCAAUCGAAAACCAAGAACAACGGCGGUUCUUCUGGGUUAUUUGAUUCAAUCCUGAAGAGGCUAACUCACCGUAACAAGAACCGGAAGCGUGGAAUCGGUAAUGAUGGAGGUGAAGUUUCGACUGUGGGGAAAAACAACCCAAGACAAAGGAAAAGGUUGUCGGAGAUGGAAGAACAAAGUGGUCGGCCGAGCAGUGCUGUUUGGUCUGAAAAAUCCAUGGAUUUGGAUACUUCGUGCAGCUGCAGUCAUCAAUCCGAGGAUUUUGAAGAGAUUUUCAGUUCCAAAGAUGGUUUACAAAGUAAUUCAGCUUUUGCUUCCUUUGAUGAGCAUUUUUGUGAAAGCCCUUUCCAUUUCGUGCUUCAAAAAAGCCCUUCUUUUACUCAUCGGACACCACUCUUCUCUUCACGAACAUCAUCCCCAAAGGAGGACAAGGAAAAUUACGAAACAGAGAGUUAUCAAAAACUACAAGUAGAAGAGGAGGAAGAAGAAAAAGAACAAUGCAGUCCUGUUUCUGUUUUGGACCCUUCAUUCGAGGACGACGAUAAACAUGUGGAUGAUGAUGAUGAUGAUGUUGAUGAUGAUAAUGUCCAUGAGAACAAUGGUUUCGAUCUCGAAUGCAGCUUUGCAAAUAUACAAAGAGCAAAGCAGCAGCUACUGCAUAAACUUCGGAGAUUUGAGAAACUAGUCAAACUGGAUCCAAUCGAACUCGAGAAAAGAAUGUUAGAGCUUGAUGAUGAUGAAGAUGAUAACGAUGCAAUAUGGGACCUGGACGAAGAAGACAAACUCGAGAACGAGUCGGUUUCUUCGGAUAGUGAAAUGAGCAUAGAUGUCAUUAUCCAAGAAGUGCUUAAAUCAAGCUUCUGCAAUGCAGCACAUCUCCCAGACGGCAUGAAAAGGUUGGUAUCAGAUCUCGUUGCCAAGGAAGAGACCGACAUCGAUCGAGAAACAGUGGCUAAAGGGGUAUUCAAAAGGCUAGAAUCAUGGAAAGAUGUGAAAUCAAACACCAUUGACAUGAUGGUGGAACAAGAUUUCAGAAGAUCGGAGCCUGAUGGUUGGAAAGGAAACCAAGAACAGAUUAAGGAAACUGCAUCACAGCUGGAAUAUGCAAUCUUUGGAUUAUUAAUGGAAGAAUUAUCAUCAGAACUUGUUUGUUUAACUGGGAUUUGAUGGGGAAGAUUUUUUGAAUUAAAAAUGAAUUUUGUAUUCACUUUCUUUCAAUUUUUUUU